AAUGAUGAGAUUGCUAGAACAAAACUACGAUGUUCAAUCAGGUUCACUAAAUUAUUACCCAAAGUUCGUAAGCUGUUUACUUUGAUGGAACGAGCUGCCAUGAUUAGAAGCCUCGCUGCAGGAAUAGCUACUUGUAUAUUAAAAAGAUUAGAUGAACCGAUUUUGAUUAUGGCGAUUCAGUCCUUCAAAGGCAAUAAAGUGUCCGCCAUACCUCGAAGAAGACCAAAAAAUAUACCUGAGAGGGCACUUAAGAAGAAAAAAGUGGUGCCUAUUUGUCGACACAUGAAGUUCCCUACUGGGAUUACUACUAUAAAGGUGAAAAAACGCUGUAUUGUCCAUUUAAAGAAGCAUAAGAAGUUGAAAAAAAUGAAAGAUUUUGUUAAGCAUGUUACAAGAAGAGAAAGAGUUAGAUUUAUGGAAAAUAAUAUAUGGACACCUGUAUCUCAUAGGCAUGCAGCAAAAAGAAAUAUAUUAUUUUACCGGGAUAUGAAGAUGCAUUCAAUAAAAGAUAUAUCAUCAUUUGAGCAUACAUACAAAAGCCAUGUUACUGAGCCAGGGAUUAAUCAUUGGAUUGACAUUUCUCCAAUCAUCAAUAUUGCAACGAGCUCUCCACCAAUGAACUACAAUACAAAUAAAGAAAUAUAUAAGGAAAUCAAGAAUGAAAACCAGUUUAACGAAACAUCAAACAAAUCCAAAGUUCAUAAAGUAAAUCCAAAUAUUAUUCUGAAAAAGUCUUUGUUUCGGAAAUUGAAUAAGAAAGAGAGUAAAAAUAGAAACCAGGAAAAACUGAGGCCGAUAAGAAUGUUAACAAGAUUUCCCGAGGUUAAGUCUCAAAUGAAAUCUCAACGCAUGAUUAAACAUGUCUAUCGACAUAUACCAAAUAAUAAUUGAGUCAAGUUCUAAAAUCCCCAAGCCAAUUGUAGGAAUAAAGUUGUAAUGAUUAGACAA